AUGUCCUGGCAAGAGACCAAAGAUCCUCAAGGAAGAGUCUAUUAUUAUAAUGAUACAGGACAGACCACUUGGGAAAAACCAGAAGAGCUAUUCACCGAGUUUGAAAGGAAGCUGCUGAAAUAUGGUUGGAAAACUGCUCUUGCAGAGGAUGGUAGGGUUUAUUAUUACAAGUCAGACACAGGAGAGACUACGUGGAACGUGCCGGUUUUUGAGAACGAUGAUAACCGUGAUGAGAGAAGUAUACCAACCAAAUCGUCUGGCAAAGCUGGGCAACCGGAUACUGCAUCGGCAGCUGACACCAACUCUACACAGGUAGAAAGUGGAAAAGAUGUAGAUGUACAAAAAAUCUUGAAAGAUAGCGAGAACAAAUACAAAAACGAAUCAGAACUUUUGGUUGUACGAAAGGCUCCAUCAAAGGAAGAAGCCGAGAAGGUGUUUUUGCAAAUGUUACAAGAUAACGAAGUGGAUUCUACAUGGUCGUUCAAUAGGAUUAUUCGCGAAAUUGGGAACAAAGAUCCGCAUUAUUGGAUCAUAGAUGAUGACCCAUUGUGGAAACAAUCAAUGUUUGACAAGUUCUUGUCGAACAGAACAGAAUCGGAGUUGAUUAAAGAGCAUCAACAUUUGGAAAAAUUCGAACAGGCCUUUAUAGAAAUGCUUGAGAAAUUGCCCAACAUUCGUUACUAUUCGCGUUGGAAAACUAUCAAGAGGCAGAUAAUGAAUGAACCUAUUUACAAGCAUUCUGUCAUUGAUGAGAAACAGAAAAAGCGUACGUUCCAAAGGUACAUAUCUUCAUUACAGCAUGAACACGAAGCACAGCAUACCAAAGUUAGAAACGAGGCAUUAAAAGAAUUGAAUCUGUAUUUUGUUAGCAUAUCCGAUGAUAUUGACCCCAGCAACUUACCAUGGAGCAAAUUCGCUACAAAAUAUCUAUGGGGAUCACCAAGAUUCGAUUCAAAUAAGAACUUCGUAUCAAUUACAAGGAGUGAUGUUUUCAAAAUUUACAUUACCUUUGUUGAGUCAAAGAUGGCUGAACUCAAAACGGAAAUGGAAGGUUUGCGUUCUAAGAAUUUCAGAUCAGAUAGAAGGGCAAGAGACCAAUACAAAGCUCUUCUCGACGAAUUAUCACCAUACAUUAAAUGUAACAGUACAUGGAAAGAUAUAUAUCCAUUGUUGAAAAGUGAUAGGAGAUUUACGAACUUGCUUGGAAGAGACGGAUCAUCGGCAUUGGAUUUAUUUCUUGAUAGAGUUGAUGAAGCCGAACUAGUUUUGAAAGCCAAAUGUUCGGUAGCGAAUCAAGUAAUUAUCUCAAAGGGUUUAGAUUUUGAUCACAAUUCUUCCGAUGAGAUUCGAAACUUGCUACAGCAUAAUACACAUCUAAAGGAUAUGCUGCCUGAAGACAUUGAGAUGGUACUACUUCGUUUGAAAGAAAUUCAUGGGAGAAGGAAACAAGAGGCAUGGCAGCGUGAAUUAGAACUACAGUUAGCAACACCUGAAGCAAGGAAUUUCGAAGUAAAAUUGGAAGCAAUAUGUUCUGAGAAGAGAUUAAAUAAUUGGGAAGAUGUACUCAAAGAGAUUAAAGACGAUGCAUUAUACCAAAGCCUACCGAAAGAUCUCGGUAAAAUGAUAUUCGAAAAGCUCAUUCAGAAAGGAUUCCAAUCUAAAAAGAGACAUUUGGAAGAACGCAAGUCCACUCCAACGUUAGAUUUGGAUUAUUAG